GAUGUGGUCCAGCUUCAGCGAAUGGUUUUGGCAGGAGAGGUUCUGGCUGCCACCCAACAACACGUGGGCUGCCCUGGAGGACCGGGAUGGCCUGGUCUAUGCCCACCCGCGGGACAUGCUGGCAGCCCUGCCCCUGGCUCUGGCCCUGGUGGUCAUGCGCUUCGUCUUUGAGAGAUUUGUUGGCCUGCCCCUGAGCCGGUUGCUAGGUGUGCGCGAUCAGGCCAGGAGGCUGGUGAGGCCCAAUGCCACUCUGGAGAAGUACUUUCUCACAGAAGGGUGGAGACCCGAGGAGCCCCAGAUGGCCCUCCUCGCUGCCCAGUGUGGCCUCACGCUGCAGCAGACCCAGCGCUGGUUCCGGAGGCGCCGCAACCAGGACCGGCCGUGCCUGACCAAGAAGUUCUGCGAGGCCAGCUGGAGGUUUGGCUUCUACCUGUGCUCCUUCUUCGGUGGCUUGUCCGUCCUCUACCACGAGUCAUGGCUGUGGACACCGGCAAUGUGCUGGGACAAUUACCCAAAUCAGCCCCUGAAACCGGCCCUGUACUAUUGGUACCUCCUGGAGCUGAGUUUCUACAUCUCACUGCUGAUCACGCUGCCCUUUGAUGUCAAGCGCAAGGAUUUCAAGGAGCAGGUGGCACACCACUUCGUGACCAUCUUCCUGAUCGUCUUCUCCUACAGCUCAAACCUGCUGCGCAUCGGCUCUCUGGUGCUGCUGCUGCAUGACGCCUCGGACUACCUCCUGGAGGCCGGUAAGAUGUUCAAUUACACGCCCUGGCGGAAAGUGUGCGACACCCUCUUCAUCAUCUUCUCCUUGGUCUUCUUCUAUACUCGCCUCGUGCUCUUCCCUACGCAGAUCCUCUAUACCACGUACUACGAGUCCAUCGCCAAGUGGAGCCCCUUCUUCGGCUACUACUUCUUCAACAGCCUCCUGACGCUGCUGCAGCUGCUGCACGUGUUCUGGUCCUGCCUCAUCCUCCGCAUGAUCUACAGCUUCGCGAAGAAAGGCCGGAUGGAGAAGGACGUCCGCAGCGACGUGGAGGAGUCCGAUUCGAGCGACGGGGAGGCGGCGCAGGAGCCCCGGCCGCUGAAGAACGGCGCGGCCACAGGCCCGGGCCCGGCCCCCGCUGACGGCCCCCGGAGCCGCCUGGCUGGGCGGCUGGCCAACGGGCACGCGCCCGCCACAUAGCUCGCCGAGCGCUGGCCUUGAGCGCCGCCACCGGUGCCCCGUGGCUGGGAUCUGUGGGGCGGCUGGACUGGUGGCCCUGGGGCCAGCUCUGGAGACGGGGACGGCCCUCCCCACGGGUGGGGGCGGUGAGGGCUAAUGAUCCGUCUCCAACCCCUGCCUUCUGCCCACCUUUCCCUUCCCUUCCCAUCUCUUCCCUUCCCUUCCCUUCCCUUGGGCAACUGGACAGAGCUGGGGAGGGGGGUAGCAGGCUGGACGCCGCAGCCCGCCAGAGCCAGCUCCAGGCUGAAAGGAGUCCAAUAAAACUUGAGCCAAAUUCUCUGAGA